UUUAACUCUGGACGUCCUGUGGCAGUACCAAACGUUGCCUAUCAAUAUGGGAUCCGUGGACGAGGUCCUUAAGCUGCUCAACAAGCAAGCCCUGGUUGAGGUUGUAUCUUCACUUGCUGGCACUCCAGCCUGUCAGCUAGAUAAUAACAGUUCACCCAUCACUGGACCAGGUUACGUCAUCUUCCUAAUCAGCUUUCACGAGAAGGAUGAGCGAUGGGCUGCAAGGAUACCGUUGAACCAGGAUGAUUCCUUUUUAGAGAUUUGUAUUAGACCAAUUCAACUCGCUCACCGGUCUCCAAAUAUUCCUGCCCCUCGAAUACACGGGUAUUGUGACUGCGGCUCUCGCGACUACAACCCUGUCGGAGUUGGUUACAUGUUACUAGAUUGGAUUGAAGGCUCUCCCAUGACACCAUGGGAUCAAUCAACCCCUGCAGCCCCUUAUCGGCAGAAAGUCUUAGACCAAAUCGCCGACCUAAUACUCAACAUGAUCCUUGAGUGUCCGUUGGAUGACCAAACCCUGUUCUACGGGGUACCCGACGGGACACCAAAGGGUGUACAGGUAUCAACCAGCGUCUGGCUCACCGAGAGCGUGGACAGAGGUAUACGCCGUACGCUUCGUCGACAUGACUAUUCUACUGCAAUCGACUACCUGAUUCAACGGUCAAUGAUUCCCCGAUAUGUUGUUCCCAAGUAGGAAACCAGCCCAUGGGUGUUUGUCCAUGUUGAUGUCCACAACGACAACAUCAUAAUUGAUGAGGAAUACAAUAUCAAAGUAUCAUUGACUGGGAUUGUAACUUUGCCGUACCAUUGCAGAAGGCUGCAACCUUCCCAAAACUACUCGAAAAUGUGCCUGGAGCCGCACCUCCGGGAUUACGAGAGACUCACGCAUACCUAGACUUUGCAUCGGACAAGCGCUGUUUUCUAUCCAUCCUCGCCGAAAAAGAAAGGGCGCGGACAAAUGGAACGUCAAUCACGCAACUCAUGGAAACUUCCAGUGAGCGGAACUUUUUCGAAAUGUCCCACCACCGUGUCCCUGUACACCGUGAAUUUGUGAGCAGAUUCUGUUCACGUACUAGGGAAAAUGUCUAUGCCGCAUUGAAGGAGGUUGGGCGUUUUCUUGACAUAAACCCUACGUUCGAGGCUAGUGAUGAGUCUAUUGUAAGAACUGUGCAGACGCUAGAAGCACUCCUGCAUUAGUGCGAAUAGGAUAUACGUGGUUUAUGUCGCAGACGUCAGUAUCAAAAUAGUUCAUUCCAUAGACCGUUACAAUCAAGAAAACCCCCAUAUGGGCUGAUGGAAUAGCUCUCUCCACUUAUUAACUUCAUGCAGAUCUCGG